AUGGAAGCAGAUAAGACGUUAAGUCUUGGCAUCACUGUCUCAGAUAUCACAACGGUGUUUCGUACGCACGAUGUUGCGAUGCCCGUAUGCAAAUAUGAAGAGGACCAGACGGAGAACCGGUGUUGUUCGCUUUGGUUGGCCAGCACGUUUACCACAAAUGGACAUGUGUUACUGAAUCCAGUAAGUCUUUAA